AUGCGUUACUCUCUCGCUGCCAUUGCUGCUAUCGCCGCCUCCGUCCAGGCCCACGGUGUCGUUUCUGAGAUCCAGGGUGCCAAUGGUGUAACCAUGCCUGGUCUUUCCGUCCAGGACGGUACUCCUCGCAACUGCGCCUCUCCUCUCUGCGGUUCCGAGGCUGAUACUUCCAUCAUCCGCACCCGCGAGAUGGGUGGCAAGGCCUCUGCUCUUGGACGCACCCAGGGUGGCGGUGCCGUUGACGCUGGUGCCGCUAUCGCCAUGUUCAUGGGAGGUGCCGGAGGUGCUGGAGCUGGAGCUGGUGCCGCAGCUAGUGCCAAGCGUGGCUUCCUCGAUGCUCUUACCGGUGGUGGCGCUGCUGGUGGCGCUGGUGCUGCCUCUGCCGGCACCAAGUCCACAGGAACUGAGGGUGGUGUCGCCAAAGCCGCAGGUACUGGAGCUACCUCUGGUCUGCCCACCACUGCCGACGACGGCACCAUCACCAUGACCUUCCACCAAGUCAACCAGGACGGUGCCGGUCCCCUGACCGCCCAGAUCGACGCCACCUCCGCUGGUACCGACCCCGCCGCCUUCCAGGACGCAACCGUCAUGCAGAACGUGCCCGGUAUCGGUAUUGGAGGUCUCUCCGCCGCCGCCGUCAAGGACUUCCCCGUCAAGGUCCAGAUGCCCGCUGGCAUGACCUGCUCCGGUACCGCCGGUGGCGCCACCAACGUCUGCAUCGUCCGCAUGCAGAACGCUGCCCUUGCCGGUCCCUUCGGUGGCUCCGCUGCCUUCACCCAGAGCACUGCCGCCAAGAAGCGCGCGGUCGAGUACAACCUCCGCAAGCGCCACAUGGCCCGCGGUAUCCUCGGAAAGCCCGAGUAA